AUGUCCGCCCAACAGAACCAGCAGCAGGUUGGCAUUGUCAGCCUUGACCCGGCUUUUGAUCGCCUAAUUGGCAAAAAUGCUGCGAUGCGGAAGGUGAUCCACGAAGAAAACGGUCAGCAGACUUUCCACGAGGCAGGAAUCUAUCUCCCCAAGCACAACAGGGUCUACCUUUCGUCCAACCGUCUUCCAGACUCCAAAUUCGGACAGCGUUCCCUUCUCGUCAGUGUACCACUGGACAAGAUCCCAUCUGCAAACACUCAAGAAAAGUCGAGCAAUGGCAUUCUACCAGAUCUCUCGAGCGACGAGCAAAACAAGUUGUAUUCUACGUUAGAGAUUCUCGAGCAACUGCCAGAGCACAUGGCCAUGCUCAACGGUGCUACCAACUGGGAUGAUGACAGCGUGCUGUGGUGUGAGCAGGGUAACGACAACCGUAAGCUCGAGUCCAACUUUGUCCUCCACAAUGUAGUCACAAACGAGACUACAUCCCUGCUCAACAACUUCGAGGGCAAGCCUUUCUCCAGUCUCAACGAUGCCGUCAGGCAUCCUACUACCCGCUCCGUCUUCUUUACCGACCCAGAUUACGGUGUCGAGCAGUCAUUCAAGUCGCCCGAAAAGGACUAUGCACCCAACGGUGUCUACUCCUGGAAUCCAAAGACGAACAAGGUCAAACUCAUCGACGCCUCCAACUAUUCCAAACCCAACGGAGUCACCUUCCUCCCUGCGCCUGCCAACGACGGUUCGGGUCUGCUGAUCACCACUGACACCGGUAUCUUCCGCUUCCGCCACAAGACUCUCAUGGAGAUGGGUGACUUCUACCUCGACCAGAACGGUCCCUCUGUCAUCUACUCGUACAAGGUUCUUCCUGACAGCGAAUCCAAGGACGGCUUCCCUGCUGUUGAUGUUGGAUCUCGCAAACUCUUCGCCAAAUCGACUAGCGGUGCUCCUGACGGCAUUCAUGUGGAUCAACAGGGCAACGUCUGGGCCGGACACGGCGAUGGCGUCCACUGCUACCAAGUCCAAUCAGAUGCAAGUGGCAAGCUCAUUGGCAAAUUUAUUCUUCCAGGUGGAAGAGGUUGCGCCAACUUCUGCUGGGCUGGCAAGACUAACUUGGGUCAGUACAGGCAGCUCUUGUUCGCCGAGGAUCAACUCUGGGAAACCUUGCUUGACGUCAACGGUCAGGACUAG